AUGAAGAGAGGCGCAGAGAGACAAAUUAGCAAGGACGACAAUGACGACGACAUAGAGGAAGUGGACGACCCUGGUAAGGGUUUCCAAAAGGCAGAUGAGUCUGUCCUCACAAAGCGGCACAUACGUGCUUUGCCAAAGCGAGCCAUGGCUUCAAAUAAAUCCUUGUCUUUCGCCGGACUCUCCAAUGCACCUCUUGCACCCGCAGAUUCAGAACCCCCUGCUUCCCCGAAAUUUGGUGGUUUCUCAGGGUUUGGCUCAGGAGCUACUUCAAGUCCAUUCUCAUUCACCCCUUCACCCACCGCAUUCGCAGCCUCAAAUGUUGCACCCUCCGCGUCUGCUGCUACCAAAGGCUUUGCCUCGGUUGUACAAUCAGCUACUACUGCCAAUGCAUCCCCGAGUGCUCCAGAUGAAGAUUGCGAUGCAGCACUGAAAUACUACAAGUCUAUUCGCGGUCUUAACGUCUCCUUCUUGUCAGCAGUCCAAACAGCUGUAGACCAGGAUCCAUUUGUUGACAUCGCAGGGCUUCUUGAGAGCUAUAAGAAUCUGCGCACUACCGUCCAAACCGACCUUGACAGCUCAUCCAAAGCCGCUAGUCAGAAAGCAUUUGCUUCUGCCCCUCCUGCGCCCGAGAAGGCUGCACCUUCAGCAACUGGAUUUCCCGUACCAAAAGGCUUCUCUGGAUUUAAUAGCUUUGCUUCCCCAUCAUUACCUACUCCAUCCAUGAAUGGAAACACGGACAAGAGCUCGGCACCUAAAAGUGUCUUCCCCUUCUCCACAUCAUCUUCCAGCACGAACCCCUCGGCCGCAGCUUUCAAUUUCGGUGCCAAACCGAGUGAAGAUACUCCUGCACCCCCUUCUCCCUUUGGCACCUCAGAAGCUCCGAAGUCAGCUUUUGCAUUCGGGACUAAACCCGAUGAACCCAGUUCAUCAAGUCCGAGUCCAUUUUCCUUCGCCCCACCACCCGCGUCUGCAACUAGCAAAGACAAGGAAGAUUCAAAAUUCUCAUCUUCCGCCUUUGGCUCCAGUUCAAGCAUUCCCAAUUUCUUCGCGUCGUCCAAGGCAGCAUCAUCCACUUUCUCCGACUUAUCCUCAAAGCCCACAUCAGCAUUCGGUACCUCAACAUCAUUAUUUGGUAACAGCGCCGACUCAAGCAAGCCCUCCCUCUUCACCCCAGGCUCCUCAGACCUAUUCAACAAGGUAUCCGCGAAAACCGACACAGGAAACGAAGAACCUAAAACCGGAAACACCACCGGUCUAUUCGGAAACCCCUCUUUCACACCAACACCCAGCACAUUCGCAUCUGACAAACCCACCAGUGCUUUUGGUACGUUCGGCGGAGGUUCGCCACCGAAAGGAAACGGAUUUACAUUUGGGAAGGUGGGAGGGAGUAUUGGUAAUCCAGUGGGGUUCGGGUUCGGCGUUGCGAAGCCUGCGGAUGGGGCUUCGAUGGCUUCGUCGAGCGCACCUGUGGAUUUCAGUUUUGGUGCUCCACCAACCAAAUCGACUUCUCCACCAAUGGAGGUCACCAGUCGAUCAGGGUCGCAACCUUCUGCUGGCGAAGAGGCCGUUCAAGACGAUGCGAAGCUACUGCCGACUAGCAAUCAUGAUGAAGAAGGCGAAGGUGAGGAAGAUGAAGACACGACGUAUACUGUGAAGGCGAAAGUCUUCAAGCUUUCGAAGACUUCUGACAAGUCCGAGUGGAAGGAACUUGGUGUUGGCAUGUUGCGUUUGAAGAAACAUAAGGAGACGGGUGCACGACGCGUACUUAUGCGAAACAGCGCUACCGGGAGGAUCAUCAUUAACUUCAGAUUGUUUGCUUCACUAACUCCGACAUUGUUGAAGACCAUGGUAUCCUUUGUCGGACAUGACGACGGUGCCCCAGCAUCCUUCCGAAUCCGUGUAAAAAACCCUGAACAAGCUCAGGAGCUCAAGGACGCAUUGGAGCGCGAGACAACGGCUGUCAAGGAGUCGAAUUGA